GUUAAAAUAUAGAGAGAUUAAAAAUAUUUCGUAAUUCUUUUAAUGACUUUUUGAACGUUAAUUUCGUUUAAAUCUAAUGAUAGAAAGAUUUCCGUAUCGGUACCUGCUGCAAGACAAUCGCCAAGCUUUGGUGACUUCUUGACUCAAAUGGGAAAAAUCAACAUCUGGAAAGAUAAAGUUCUAUCAUCAUUUUAAGAUAAAUGAAGCUAAUUAUCUUUUAAUUGGAAAAAUGGAAAAGUCCGCAUUGAAGAUGGAUUAAAAAAAUAAGAUGGAUUUUGAAGGUAAAGUGUCCUUGUUGUAUCAAAACUUUUGGAACUGGCGAAUGGAAACUAGUCCAGAAUUUGCUACAUUUUGUGGUUUUCACCAAUAUGAUGAUAAGUUGGAAUCUUAUGAUUUGGAAACUAUAAAACAAAAACAGGUUAGUGUUCAAAAAUUUUUGGAUGAGGCUGAAAAAUUAGUCCAAUAUCCCGAUUUAAAUAUCAAAACGAAAGAAAAUUUGGAGUUGUUAAUAGCUGAGCUCAAGGUGUUCUUAAAAGGAUUUAAUGCUAAAGGGUAUUACCUCCCUCUCAACUUUUUAGAAGGACCUCAAACUGAGUUUGUACGACUUAUUUUGGCUAUGAAAUAUGAAAGCAUUGAGGAUUAUCAGAAAUUAUUAUCAAGAUUUGCUGCUUUACCUGUCCAGAUAUCUCAAAUUAUUGACUUAAUGAAGAAAGGUAUAAAAGAAGAAUUAACUUUUAAUGCUGUUUCUGUGGUUACAGUCCCUGACCAGUUGGCUGUCUUAGAUCAAUCAGAUCUCCUCACAAAAAGGCCUGAAGAUUGUGUUUUUUAUAAACCAUUCUUAUCAGUACCUGAUUCUAUCUCGAGUAAAAAAAAAAGUUUACAAAGAGAGGCUGUUGAAUCUAUAUCUUCAAAUGUUAUGCCAGCAUUUAAAACAUUAAAAGAAUUCCUAGAAAAGGAAUAUAUUAAAAAAGCUCGCAGUUUACCUAGUAUAUCGACUUUGCCUGGAGGAAGUACUUUUUACCAGUUGUGCCUAGAUUUUCACUUGGGAUUUCGUUUGCUGCCUAAAGAUGUCCACGAAAUGGGCCUCAAUGAAGUGAAGCGAAUUUCUGGUGAAAUCGAAAAAGUGAUGUUGUUUUUAGGAUAUACAAAUGUUUCAAUUAAAGAUUUCACAGAACUUUUGAGAAGUGAUUCAAGAUUUUUCUUUGAAAAGCCAGCAGAACUUUUAGAAGCUUAUAAAGAUCUCAUAUUCAACAAAAUCUGUCCCAAGUUAAAAAAGCUGUUUAAAAGCAUUCCUGAGGAUGAACUUUCAAUUGAACCAUCACCUUCAGUAGAAGAUGAUGCUCCCAUUGGAUUUUAUUAUGCUGGCACUCCUGAUGGUGUACGACCUGCAGUAUUUUAUUUCAAUAAGGAUGUUAAAUCAGUACCAAAAUAUGAGAUGAUGUCUCUUGCUUUGCAUGAAGCACUUCCUGGUCAUCACUUGCAGCAAUGCUUCAACUUUUCUGUAAAGAAUUUUCCUGAGUUUCGAAAGUAUGUUGAGGACAGGAAAUACAGUGAAAUUCCCUCUCGGUUCCCACUUCAUACAGCUUAUGCUGAGGGCUGGGGACUUUAUUCUGAGUUCUUGGGAUCUGAAUUAGGAUUAUAUGAAGACAAGUAUGAUUAUUUUGGAUAUCUUUCCCAAGAAUUGUUUCGUGCUGCUCGUCUUGUUGUCGAUACUGGAAUUCAUGCUUUUAAUUGGAGUCAAGAUCAAGCAGUAGCUUAUAUGAUUGAAAACACAGCCAGUUCAAAGAGAGUGAUUGAAAAUGAAGUGAAACGAUAUAUUACUUGGCCUGGGCAGGCUUGUGCAUACAAAAUUGGUGAAAUGAAAAUUAAGUCUUUAAGAAAAAUGGCUGAGAACCAAUUAGGCUCAAAUUUUAAUAUCCAGGACUUUCAUGAAGUUCUAUUGAACAACUAUGGUCCUCUUGAUGUAUUGGAAAAGAAAGUUCUAGAAUAUGUUGAUGAUAAGAAAGAUGUUUAAUUAUGAUAAAAUGGCUUUUAUAAGAACUUGUUUUUCAUUUAAUAAAGAGAUUUAAUUUUGUA